AUGGACGACCUGGACGACCUGCUCGACGAGGUCGACGAGCUCAUGGCCGGGGGCCCGCCACCGACGUCGUCGCGGACGUCGUCGUCGACGGCGGGAGCAAGGGCAGGCGCAACGGCAGGCGUGACCGCGGCGCCCAGGUCGCGAGUUCGGGCACGUGCUUCGCGGUCACGCCCUAGUCGGACGCAGGCUCGGGCGGAUCGUGCCACGGCAUCACGCAGGGGAAAAGUCGAGGAUGGCGACGACGACGAUGAUGAUGACGAUCUCGACGACCUGCUCGCUCUCGAUGUGCCGAGCAGGCAGCGCAGGAGUGGCGGCGAGAGGGUAGUGUCGACAGCAGUGUCGACAGCAGUGUCGAGCGGAGGCGGAGGAGGUGGUGGCAAGCGCAAGUGCAGACCGGUGUUUCUGGCGGACGCGUCGCUUGCCGGCCGGGGGCGGACGGCAUCGGCGGCCAUGCCGCGGGCGUGCGACCGGCUGCGGUGCUCGCGGUGCUGCUUUGCGGUCAAGGCGUGGCCGGACUCGGCGUGGGAUGCCGGCGUCGACUAUCUCUUUCUCCGGUACAACUUUCCCGACACCGAGCGCAUUGCGCCAAUGCUCGUACCGACCAGCGCCGGCUCGACCGCGCUCGCCUGUCAGUGCGCGUGGCGGACGGUGACCACGCCAACCCGCUUGCAGAGCGGAGAAGACCUCGCGUGGUUCUGCGCAGGCCACGCGUAAUUCCAGCUUUACCGCGCGCUUACAACCUACAUCACCCGGCGGAGCCGGUCCAUGCACUCGGCCUUGCCGAGCAGCGCAAACAGACUUGCCAGCGGCGGCCCGCCUCGGGCGCCGGUCACACCCACUCGCAGCGGAAACAGGACCUGCCGCGGCUUGAG